AUGACUGUUGGCAUCAAUAUCAGAUUAUUUGCCGACAGGCUUGCCAUCGUGAAUCUCCAGCGGUUACAUCGUUACCUUCACGAUGCAACAAAUCAUCUCACUUUUUAUUACAACCCACAGUUGCUUAUUUGGAUCACGUGUAUGUUAAUGGACAUUACAACUAAUGUCUUCAGCACUGUUUUUAAUGGAAAAGAUAUACUUAACAACAUGCUGUUACUUUAUAUCCCGUAUGUGAUACUAAUUUCAUCACUUCAAAUUAUUGCUAUAAGUCGCAUCUGUCAUUUGACAUGCAAUCAGGCGAACGUAUUGGCAAGUAUAAUAUUCUCGGCCGAAACUUCCGCAUUCAAACAUAGUAACUUUUCGACUGAAACAACCGAAUUGGGAGUAUUUCUAUGGGCGCAUCCGUUGCGCAUCAAAGUUUGUGGCUUGUUUAAUUUGGAUAACCAAUUUACACUUUCG